AUGGAAACUACCCUCACAACAACCGACCUCCAGGGUUCGCUGCCUCUCAUCGCUCGCGGCAAAGUUCGCGACCUGUACCAAGUCGACGACAAAACCCUCCUCUUCGUCGCAACAGAUCGCAUCUCCGCCUACGAUGUGAUUAUGGAAAAUGGAAUCCCACAAAAAGGCGUCCUCCUGACCCUUUGCACGCGCAAGUGGUUUGAAAUCCUCACGGCAGCCCUCCCCUCCCUCCGCACGCACUUCAUCACACUUGACCUCCCCCCGCAGAUCCCCGAGUCAUUGCAUCCUGUGCUGCAGAACCGCGCCAUGCAGGUCCGUAAGUUGCGCAUCCUGCCCAUUGAGGCUAUUGUGCGCGGGUAUAUCACCGGCUCCGCGUGGAACGAGUAUAAGAAGACUGGCACGGUUCAUGGCAUUCCAAUUAAAGAGGGCCUGAGGGAGAGUGAGGCGUUCCCUGAUGGGCCGAUUUAUACGCCUAGUACAAAGGCGGAGCAGGGGGAGCAUGAUGAGAAUAUCCAUCCGGAUAAAGCCGUCGAAAUCGUAGGGGAACCGUACGCAUCGAAAAUCGCCGAGCUCGCUGUGACGCUUUACAAGACCGCGCACGCCUACGCGCUUACUCGGGGCGUGAUCAUCGCAGAUACGAAGUUCGAGUUUGGCGUUGACGAGGAGACGAACGAGGUCGUUCUGGCGGACGAGGUGCUCACGCCAGACUCGUCUCGGUUCUGGCCAAAAGAUUCGUACGAGGUCGGCCGUGGACAGCAGAGCUUCGAUAAGCAGUUCCUGAGAGACUGGUUGGUGAAGGAAGGGCUUAAGGGCAAGUCUGGCGUGCGGAUGACGGAUGAAAUUGCGCAGAAGACGAGUGAAAAGUAUAGGGAGGCUUGGGAGCGGAUCACUGGGGGAAACUAAGAUCUGCGCUGGCUGGUCUGUGAGUUUCGUAAUUUGUGUUCUUAUAUUGGAAAAUAUAAUGGUAUAUGUGUACUGUACAAUCCUGAGACUUUUCAGUCGCUUAGUCCCACUCAUCGCGUAGCCCCUUCAGCCCCUUUGGCUUGUGCUCUUGCUUCCCAUGUUUCUCAAGUUUGGCGUCAUCCGAUGCAACCCACCCCGUUCGGACACCCUCAUCAACAGGUAAGGCAGCUGUUCCGCAAAUUCGACGCUCCUCCUCAAUCUCGGCUUCACUCAUCCCGUUUGUAGCCCAGAUACGAUGUAUGCGAAGAUCAUAAGGGCCUUCGACCCGAUCGGUUAAACCAAUGCCCACACUCUUCACUCGCUGUCUGAUGAUCGAAGUCUGAGGCU